AGUAAAACAUCUUUCAGAAAAAAUAUCAUUUUUCAAAAUUUCCAAAAAAUUAGUAGAAUAGAACACAGCGGUGAAAUACCUACUCUUCUUUUAACAUCUCGUGAUUUUUGUUAGAAUUUAAUCUCUAUUUUAUCGAUUCUUAAUCCAGGCAGAAAAUCCGGGAAAAGGAUGAGGAAAUUUACAGACUGAGGAAGUGAUUAGCCCUGAGAAAAAGUGUUAUCUAUGUUUAGUUCUUUAUUAAGAACAAAGUAGUGCAAGAUCAUCUGUUAACAUAAAAACUAAUAUAAGAAUUCUUGAUGGAAUACAACUUUACAAGUGACCGCUCCCCGCAUAUCGAUGUGAAGGUCAACUUGAUGCUAUGCGGUCAAGCACCUUCUGUGAGUCACGUGAGAUAAUUUGGCCUCAAAACAUCCGGGACUUUCUUUCCGGCCAACUCAGAGUCUGAAAGACAGAGAAUUCGUUCAGUAGGAUCUGACAACCACAGAGACAAUAUGGCAGUUGAGAGAGCUAACAUUGACAAAACUCCUCUCCAGGAGGCGAAACUACCAAUUGUCUGGGUUCUGGGAGGACCUGGAUGUGGAAAGGGAACCCAGUGCGACAAGAUUGUCGCCAAGUACGGGUUUACUCAUCUCUCCUCCGGGGACCUGCUCCGAGAGGAAGUUGGAUCCGGCUCCGAGAGAGGAAAGCAGUUGACAGCAAUCAUGGAGAAGGGAGAACUAGUUCCUCUGGCUGUAGUGCUGGACCUCUUGGCCGAGGCCAUGCUAGCCAAACUCUCCGGAUCCAAGGGAUUCCUCAUCGACGGGUAUCCUCGUGAGGUCGCCCAGGGCGAGGAGUUCGAGAAAGAGAUCGCUCCCUGCGCUCACAUUCUGUACUUCGAGGUCAGCGACGAGACAAUGACUCAGAGACUACUGAAGCGCGGUCAGACCUCCGGCCGUGUAGACGAUAACGAGGAGACGAUCAAGAAGAGGCUCGAUACAUUCCACAAGCACUCUGAGCCCGUAAUUGCAGCAUACGCAUCCAAGUGCUCCAAGAUCCCUGCAGAGAGAGCAGUUGAUGAGAUCUUUGCUGAUGUCUGCGCUGCUCUGGACAAACUAACGGAUAUCUCUACCACUGAGAAAGGACGGAUAUCUCUACCACUGAGAAAGGACGGAUAUCUCUACCACGGAUUCAGAACGGAUAUCUCUACCACGGAUUCAGAACGGAUAUCUCUACCAAGGAUUCAGAACGGAUAUCUCUACCACGGAUUCGGAACGGAUAUCUCUACCACGGAUUCAGAACGGAUAUCUCUACCACCGAAAAGAAUUUCUCUUCUUUGCAAGGACGGACAUUCUCUAAAACUUCUGACAAUGAGUAAGGACGAGUAUCUCUACUACCAAAAGAAUAUAAUGGGUGACGAUGUAGCCCUGAAGGAUGAUAAUAUCCCACCAAUCCAGGAAGAGCUAUUUCGUCUUUAUAGUCAGGGAUACGUCACAGAUAUAACUCUAACCUGCGAGGACGGAAAAAUAUUUGAAGCUCACAAAGUUAUUCUUUCUGCCAGAUCAAACUAUUUUUACAAUUUAAUCCCUAAGCUGAAAGGUGACCCUGUGAUAUUUUUAAAGGGUGUUAAGGGAAUGUAUUUAGAGAAGAUAUUAAAAUAUGUCUACAGUGGAACUGCAGUAGUUCCAAGAACACAGCUCAGAUCACUGUUCGAUGUGGCAAGAUCACUGCAGAUCAAAGGACUAGUUGAACUAUCACAAACAGAGCUUGGUAAAGGUUUACCAGGAGCUGGAUGCUCUAAGAACCUGACGCUGUCUCCCGCCAGUAAUAAAUCAGACCCUGAUUCAUUUAGAUACAAUCAGUCAACUAGAGAAGCCAGAGAAAUAGCACUAAAACAACAGCAAAAACUUUAUGAUAAAUUUAGCUCUAGUAAUUACAAGAAACCCAGUGGUAGGGGUAGUCAAACCGAACCUGGCAAGACUCCAACCAAGAGAGGGAAAGGGAGUAAGGAACCAGAGAAUCAGGAUGAAGAAUCAUUCACUUUUAAGUACGAGCAUAUAUCAGAUGAUAGUGACGAUGUUGAUAACGACGAUGCUAACGAUUCAGAUUUUUACCUGCAAAAUAAGAACGGACUAGGUGGAGGAGGAGCUAGUGGUAAAUAUUCAUUGAAGAAAAGACGAGGCCGACCUCCCAAGUCAGGAAGUAGUAGAAAAGUAUCCAAGUCUAGCAGUGAGGCUGAGUCUGAUAGUUCUGAUGAUACUAAUGAUGAACCUGCGAAGAAAGACGAUUUCUCCAACAGCAGUGAAAGUGACUCUGAGAGUGAUAAUAGCGAUCUAGACUCGGAAGAUACUGAAAGUGAGACCAAGGGUUCGGAAAGGACAAAGAAAAGCUAUUCCCACUCCAAAAGAGAACCUAGUCUAAGUUUAGAUGAUUAUUUAGAGUCUCCCAAGAGAACGUAUCGCAGACCGUUAAAAGGACCUGAGGUCAAUGGUCAGCAUGUUUUAACUGUUCAAUGCAAGGGUAAGCGAGCUGAACUCCAUCUUGCCAGGUUCUGUAAUGGAGCCAAAGGGAAGAGUGUUCUCUACAAGAACUCAUGGAUAACUCCAGAUGAUUAUGAAAAAGCGUGUGGAAGUAAAUCUAAAAAAUAUUUGGAUUCUAUCACUACAGAUUAUGGUCCUCUGAAAACAUUAACUGUAUCAGGAUUUUUGAAACCCCAUGCAAGAAAAUGUAAAUGUAACGUAUGCAAUGAUGAAGAACCUGAGAUAUCCUCUAAGGUUUCAAAAGACUCGAAAGAUGAAACCUCAGCUAAACCAACUAAAAGCAUUCCAGAACAGAAGACAACCGAUUUAACGAAUAAGGACUCUGACAGUCCUCAGACCAAACGGAGGAAGGUUGAACUGUCGGAUAAUAGUAGUAAACAUAAACUCCGAACUACGGAGGAUACUCCAGUAGAUCCUGUCACAACCCCAGUUAGUUUAACCAAUGAGGAUCAGACUAAGAUCAAGGAUAAUAAGGACGGAAUGACUCCGAAACCUCCUCCACAAAUCAAUUCUCCUGUAAAGUCUCAGCCCGGUAAGAUUGGUGAAAUAUUGAGUCCUCCUACCUUAACAACAACUAAAACUACAACAUCGGCUCUGACAACAUCUUUAUCUAGUAUCUCAACCUUCUCCCCGUCCUCGGCCAGUUCCCUUUCUCCCACCUUCAUCAGUCUUUCUUCUGCUGGAGUUCCCCAAAUUAAUUCUAAAACCUCUCUAGGCUCAUCUAUGAUUCCCUUCCCCUCCAAACUGAGUGGAAUUCCUUCUCCUAGCGGUAGUUCUAGUAACCUUCAGCGGCCUAUGCAGUCAUCAACCCAUCUAGGGUACAUGGGGACAAGUAACUCCAUACAGACCUGCGCACCCAAUCAACAGAUACAGGCAGUAAAACAAGAAAUGAAGAUGUCUCAACCCCAGCCAGUGAUGAAACCCCAGACUCCAGUUCAUGUUAGUAUUCCAAUCAGUCAGCAACAACCUUCUCCCUACCAGGUUCAGAAGUCUAGGAUAGGAGCUGUGAUGCAGGUGAGGUGCAAGGCUAUUGCUGCCUACUUGUAUGUAAGCAAGUAUGAGUCAGGAUCUAAGGGGAAGUGUAUACUACUAGGAGAUGAAUGGUUAACCCCAAAUGAGUUUGAGGAGAAAUCCGGGAGUAAAGCUAAGAAAUACCUGUCUAGUAUAAAGUGUCUAGGUAGACCCUUGAGAGCUUAUGUGAACAGUGGAGAGUUGAGAGGAUCUAAUCCUCCUCCUACUCCUAAACCUCAGAGGCUGACUAAACCUAAACCUCCGCAAGCAAUUGCUCCAGCUCCAGGUCCUAGCCAGCUCCCAGGACAGCUCAGCAUGUCACAACUCGGACUAUCUCCGCAAGGAAUGUCACCUGCUCACCUAUCCCAGUCCUUGACCCCGGUAGCUAUGAUGGGAAGCGUGUCUAUGUCCGGUCAGCCAAUUCUCAUCAAUCAAUCAAGCUUUUCUGUAGCGAACUCCAGUAUGGGAAACCCAAUCCUCACCCCCAUGACCUUUACGCUGGCCCCGAUGACGAAUAUUGAUGUGCGACAGAGUAUGCAGCAGCAACAACAUCAACACAUGCACGGCGGUCAGCAUAUGUGACCCGAACCCCCCGAGAAGUUUCUUCUAGGAUUAUGAACUUCUUUUCAUCCGUCCUCACACUGCCUAGGCCUUCUUGUGAUACACAUUCUGUUACAUUAGAUAAUAUUCAUUCAAAAUCUCAAAAACAGCUUUUGGGUAACGAAAUCUCAAGUUUAAUUUGCCUAAAUUGUAUGCAAAAAAGUUAAAUCUGAUGCAAUUUUAAGUUUUUAUAUACUCUCAAAUGUCUUAGUACACGUGUAGAUAUGCACUCACAUUCAUAUAAUGGUUGAUAGACAAAUAUUUGAAAAAGAGAAGACCCUUAAAUCCGAAGUCUAACUUCGUUUAUCACAAUUAUUGUUCGCGUUCUACAGUUGAUAAAUGGAAUAAUUAGUAUUUUACAGUUUAUGUUGCCUUAAUAUAAAAGUUUAAUAAAUAUAAUUUACGA